UCUCCUCCUUCUCCCUAAACCACACACAGAGAGAUACAGAGAGAGAAAGAGAGAACCAUUAAGGAAGAAGAAAAUACCCACAUUGCUCUCUCUUGUCUCUCUAUUUGAACAAAUUGUAUACAACAUAGAGUCAACAUUUCGUUUGGAAGGCAUUGCCUCAUAUUGAUUUGAACAUAACAAGAUUUAUUUUGCAGGUAUUAAAUUGAGGAAGAUUCACAAUCAUGGUGUUUUGGAUUUUUGGGUAUGGUUCAUUGGUAUGGAACCCUGGAUUUGAUUAUGAUGAGAAAUUUAUUGGUUACAUAAAGGAUUACAGGCGUGUGUUUGAUCUUGCUUGCAUUGAUCAUAGAGGUACACCUGAACACCCUGCAAGAACUUGCACUUUGGAUGAAAGCAAAGGAUCCAUUUGCUGGGGUGCUGCUUAUUGUGUGCGAGGAGGACCUGAAAAAGAAAAGAAGGCAAUGGAGUAUUUAGAAAGAAGAGAGUGCGAGUAUGAUAGCAAGACUUUGGUGAACUUCUUCACUGAAGAAGACUCCUUACAUCCAGCCUUAACUGGAGUGAUAGUGUUUACAUCCACUCCUGACAAAGUAAAUAAUAAAUACUAUCUUGGUCCUGCUCCACUGGAAGAGAUGGCUAGGCAAAUUGCAACUGCCUCUGGACCAUGUGGAGAUAACAGGGAGUAUAUAUUCAAAAUGGAGAAGGCUUUGUAUGAUAUUGGCCAUGAAGAUGAUUACAUCAUUGAGCUGGCUAAUGAAUUGCGAAAAGUUCUUGGAAUUGUGGGAUCUUUCCCAAAGGAGAAGAAGUUACUAGGUCCUUCCCAGAUUCCACUCAAUUCUCACAUUUCACCUGUGAAAAUCCGCCCCUUGCCAGAAGCUAUAGCUGCUGUUGCUGCAGACUCCUGACGAAGGUUCAGGACGAUGAAAUUUUCCUCUUCUGACCUGACUAAUCUAGUUAACUGCUAUAGUUAUGUCUUCCACAAAAUGUUACAUAUCUAGUGAUCUGUUUUUAAAUUGUCCCUUGUGUUUUCUCUUUUCCUUUAAAUUUAGAUUAGGAAGCUAGAUCAAUGUGGGGUAGGAUAGCGAGUUGAGUUGACAUUCUAACCAGCCAGACGAAUUUGUGGCCAGCGUGAACAUGGAUCUUGAGUUAUUUUGAGCCCGAUAUUAUGAAAUUUGAUUAGUAGCUUACAUGUUGCGAGUACAUGAUCAAUUUAUUCUCAUAUGAGUAUGAAAAGAUUGUUUACAAGAA